AUGGUUGUCACGGAGAGUAUUCAAAGUUCGUCGCUGAACGAUUUAACAGAAUUGUUCUUGAGCUUGAUAGAUCGCGGCAUGAUAUUUCCUCCGCACUACAACAGUCCCGAAGAUUUAAUCAAUCCGUCAAAGGUCAAGACCUCAGGAAUACCACGACCGCCGAAUGGCUUUUUAUUAUGCCGAAAGAAUGUACACAAGCAAGCGAAGCAACAUGGAAUACACAAUAUGAGAGUUAUAAGUAAGGUUACCGGAAUUCUUUGGCGGGGUGCUUCGCCAGAUGAGAAAGAGCAAUAUGAGAAACUCGCAAUGCAAGUUCAAAAUUUACAUUCCGAGAGGUAUCCGGGAUACAAAUACAAACCAGCAGCUCGCGUGAAAUCUUCAACCCACCGUCACAACCGAG